GGGAGCCCUCCAGUCUCUGCCUUUCUCACACAAGGCGUCUCUGGGAAGGCAGUGGAUUGUUGGUCUGCGUGGAACUUCUCAGGUGGACCCCAGAGCAUGGAACACAUCCAUGACAGUGAUGGUAGCUCCAGCAGCAGCCACCAGAGCCUCAAGAGCACAGCCAAAUGGGCGGCAUCCCUGGAGAAUCUACUGGAAGACCCGGAAGGCGUGAAAAGAUUUAGGGAAUUUUUAAAAAAAGAAUUCAGUGAAGAAAAUGUUUUGUUUUGGCUAGCAUGUGAAGAUUUUAAGAAAAUGCAAGAUAAGACACAGAUGCAGGAAAAGGCAAAGGAGAUCUACAUGACCUUUCUGUCCAGCAAGGCCUCAUCACAGGUCAACGUGGAGGGGCAGUCUCGGCUCAACGAGAAGAUCCUGGAAGAACCGCACCCUCUGAUGUUCCAGAAACUCCAGGACCAGAUCUUUAAUCUCAUGAAGUACGACAGCUACAGCCGCUUCUUAAAGUCUGACUUGUUUUUAAAACACAAGCGAACCGAGGAAGAGGAAGAAGAUUCGCCUGAUGCUCAAACUGCAGCUAAAAGAGCUUCCAGAAUUUAUAACACAUGAGCCCCCAAAGAGCCAGGACUGGCAGCUUUAAGAAGCAAAGGAACUUCCUCUCAGGACCAUGCAGGGUUUAUCAUUGCUUUGUUAUUUGUAAGGACUGAAAUGUACAAAACCCUUCCAUGGGAUAUGUGUGUUUUAUUAACUGCUUCACCAGUAAAUUUUGCAUGAUGGCUAAGCUAACAUAAAAAAAAAAUAAUAAUAACUUGGAAGUUUUAGUUCACAAAACAGAGAUUCCUUCAACACUGGACACGUCGAGCAUUUUGUAGCUUAAUUAAGCCUCAUAUAAGGCC